AUGAUGGCGCAACCGCGGCGCCACCCCCAACUCCCUCGACCCAAUCCAACCUUCCCUCAGACGCCACCGAAGAUGCCAUCUCUCGUCUCCUUCAUCGCCUUCCUUGUAAACUUUCCCUAUCUCUCCCAACCCGCGGCCGCUCCUACCCAAUCCACCCUUCCCUCAGACGCCACCGAAGAUGCCAUCUCUCGUCUCCUUCUUCGCAUUCCUUGUAAACUUUCCCUCUCUCUCCCUACCCGCGGCCGCUCCUCUCCACUCUCCUCCACCACCACCUCCAUCAUCACUCCUCCAGUUAUCUCCCUCUCCGACUCCACCACAAGUCUCCGCUCUUCCUUACUCUCUGCCUCCCAAGAACAAGGCUUCUUUCAGCUCAUCCACCACCUCAUCCCCUCACACCUCCCUCCGGCUGCGGAAUCAACAUCUAUGUCUCUCUUCGACCUCCCUAGUCACGAAAAGCGCCUUCUCUUCCCCAAUAACUGGCCACUCGGCUUUAACCCACCCAACGACGAUGACGAUGACGACACCACCACGACCAAUGGUGGCGAGUCUUUCUGCCUCGACUCGUCAUGCUCGACCGAGUCAACAGCCGAGUCGAAUUUGGACUUGGCUUCUCUACGUGAGUUUACAAGCGAAAUGGAGAAGCUGGGGUUGAAAGUGAUGGAAGAAUUAGCUGUUGCCGCCGGGAUUGAAAAUCCGGCCCGAGAUGAUCCAUCUCGGGUCUGUUCUCUAAUGUGGAUAUCUGAUGGGCCCAAUCCAAGUCGGAUGUAUCCAAAUGUAAUCGGAUUGCAUUAUCAAAUAAGGUGUCAGAAAUACUCAUUGUUGUCGGAUUCGGGUUGGAUCCUUGUCUCGCCCCAAGUGGACUCUGUGCUGGUUACUCUAGGAGACAUAGCUCAGGUUUGGAGCAACGGAAAGUUCAAGAAAGUGAGAGGAAGAGCGUUGCCUGUAUCUGGAGAUGACGUAAGUUCAAUGUCUCUGCUAAUUACCCUCCCCAUCGACAGCACAGUCUCUCCCCUUAUUCCGAAGUUAGCUAUUAAUGGUAUUGAGGAGCAAGAAAAUGAAGAUGAUGGCCAUUGUUCCGAGGAUGCAGGAGAAGAGAGGCUUUUCCAGUCAUUUUGUUUCGAGGAUUAUGCAUGGAGAGUCUACCAUGAGCGUCUUUUUCUUAAAGAUCCACUUGUGAGGUUCAAGAAAGUGAGAGGAAGAGCGUUGCCUGUAUCUGGAGAUGACGUAAGUUCAAUGUCUCUGCUAAUUACCCUCCCCAUCGAAAGCACAGUCUCUCCCCUUAUUCCGAAGUUAGCUAUUAAUGGUAUUGAGGAGCAAGAAAACGAAGAUGAUGGCCAUUGUUCCGAGGAUGCAGGAGAAGAGAGGCUUUUCCAGUCAUUUUGUUUCGAGGAUUAUGCAUGGAGAGUCUACCAUGAGCGUCUUUUUCUUAAAGAUCCACUUGUGAGGUACCGCAUUUGA